UUCCGUCUCUCUCCCCUCCAUCGAAAAACAAAAAAAAAAACAAAGAAGCCGAACACAUUGAUGAAUUAUUAAGUCUCUGAAUUCUCAUAUCAACAACCUUUUCUUCUUUUCAGAGAUUCGCCUUUCAAUUCCGAUAAUAAGAAAAAAGAAAAAGAGCAUCGGAUCUGACUUGAUCAACUCUGGGUUGUAAUUUGUAAACAGUUAUCGGUAUUAGAGAAUAAUACUAACACUAAUACUAAUACGUAUACGUAUACGUAUUUUCAUACGAUAGCCGUAGAUGUCUUCGCAUUGGUGUUACAGGUGCAAUAAAUUUGUGAGGGUAUGGAGGCAGGACAUUGUGAUUUGUCCAGAUUGCGAUAGCGGUUUUGUCGAAGAGGUAGAUCCUAACACACGCACCGUUUACGCCGAUGGCAACCGCGGUCGACGGUUGCCGGCGGCAGCGAUGUACAUGAUAGGCCACCGCAAUAAUAAUGACAACAACAAUGUUAGCUUGUCGCGGCAAAAUCAACGGCGACACUGCCGGAACACCAAUGGCGGUGGCGGAGGAACAGGCGGUGACAGGUCGCCGAUCAAUCCGGUCAUCAUGCUCCGCGGCGGCGAGCAAUCCGAGGGAACCAGCAGACGCAGGGGGUUCGAGCUUUUCUAUGACGACGGCGCCGGUGCCGGUCUCCGUCCCUUGCCACCGAGCAUGUCGGAGUUUCUCCUUGGAACAGGCUUCGAUAGGGUUUUGGAGCAGUUCUCACAUUUCGAAAGGCACGAGCGACACCUUCACCACCACAACCAGCAGCCUCCUCCGGCGUCAAAAUCCGCCGUAGAAGGCUUGCCGGAGGUGGAGAUCACCGAGAACAACCUCGCCACAGAGCCACAUUGCGCAGUUUGCAAGGAAGCCUUCGAGAUCGGAACAAAAGCUAAAGAAAUGCCGUGCAAGCACAUAUACCACUCGGACUGCAUCUUGCCGUGGCUCGCCCUUCGAAACUCCUGCCCGGUUUGCCGCCACGAGUUGCCCACAGAACAAAACAAUAACGAAGAUAACAAUAACAAUGAUAACGGCAAUAAUAACAAUGUGGGGCUAACAAUAUGGCGGUUACCGGGUGGCGGUUUUGCGGUUGGGAGGUUAACCGGUGCAGGAAGAGGGGGAUCAGAGAGGGAAAAUCUUCUUCCUGCUGUGUACACAGAAAUGGAUGGAGGAGGACGUGGGAAUCAUGGUGCUCUUCAUCAUCAUCAUUCUUUUCCUUCUUCUUCUUCUCGGAAUGGUGAUUAUCCUAGGCAGUAUUCAUCAUCAUCACCUUCAAAUAGAAAUAGAACUAUGACAAAUAAUGGCACGGCACCUUCCGCUGUCAAUUUCGAUUUGGAUCACUCCCCUUUGCGUCAACGCAGGACUUGGUCUAUGGAUGUAAAUAGUGGUGGUUCUAGAGCUUGGUGA